AUGUCAUAUUCAGAAAAAGAGCUUAUUCUGCGUGCUUCCACAUCAAAAAUAGGUCCAACUAUGGGUCAUAAGUUGAGGGCAAGUCUGAGAGGUGGGUAUGAGUUUGUAAAGCCCAAAGUAGUUGACUAUAAAAAUUUAAGGAGAGAUAUCAACAGGGUUAUUGGUUAUAAAGAUGCCCAAAUGAUAGUAAACACAAUGAAUGACCAUCGAGCUCACUAUCCAAAUUACUCAUUUGAGUUUAAUUGUCAAGAUGAUGUUUUGGAAUGUAUGUUUUGGGCUGAUGAAAUGGAGAAGACAUAUUAUGCUGAAUUUGGCGAUGUUAUCUCGUUUGAUGCGACUUUCCGAACAAACAAGUAUCGAAUGGUUUUUGUUCCGUUUACCGCUAUUGACCAUCAUCAAAAAUCGGUUACUGUUGGAUCUGGGUUGCUAAGCAAUGAAAGCGUUGAGUCUUACUCUUGGUUGCUUAAAGCAUUUCUUAAAACUCAUGGGAAAGAACCAACACUUGUUUUAACCGAUCAAGAUGCAGCAAUAAAACAAGUUGUUGAGAAUGUGUUUCGUAAUUCAAAGCACCGAUUAUGUAUGUGGCAUAUAAUGAAAAAGUUGAAAAAAGAUGAUUUAUUUACGAACACAAACUUUAGAAAUAGGUUUUCGAAGCUUGUUUGGGACAUUAAUAUGAAACCUGAUGUUUUUGAGGUGAAGUGGGGUUUGCUUAUGAAGGAAUUCAAUCUUGAAGACACAAGAUGGUUUAAAGACAUGUUUACAAUACGUGAUUCAUGGAUACUUGGAUAUUUUAGUGAUAUUCCAAUUUGUGGUUUGAUGAAGACUACAUCGAGGUUAGAGAAUGGUUGGGAAGUUUACAUUGUGCAGCACAACAAUAGUAAAAGUGAUUUUAAAAAUGAAUUUAAGGUUGAAAUAAAAGCUGAAGACAAAGAAAUAAAUUACAGUUGUGAACUUUUGAAGCGUAUGGGUGUUUUAUGCAGACAUGCUUUUACAAUAAUGAUGAGAUGUGGUGUUAAAGAAAUUCCUAAAAGUUUUGAAUCAUGUUUGGAUAUUAUAAGAGAUGAAAAAAAGAGAUUGGCUUUGUUUGCUGAGAAACAAAAAAUGUUGUUGAAGGAAUUUGAGAGUGAUUAUAUUUCUCCUGGAUUGAAAAGAAAGACAGAUGGUGAAGUCGUAUGCAAGCUUUUGGGUGUUACUAUUCCUAUUCCAGAAGAGAUUAAUAUUCAUGUUCCUAAAGUUCAAAGCAAUAAAGGUUCUAGAAUCAAUAAAAGAAUUCCAAGUGCAGGUGAAGUAGCAUAUGAAAAUUCGAAAACAGAGCAUAGAAUGUGUUCAGGAUGUGGUAAACAAGUUCCACACAAUUUACGUAUUUGUCCAGAAAGAGUUGGAGCUGCUAAAUCAACAAAAGACAUUUAG